AUGGACUUAUGUAAAGCAGCUAAAGAAUUAGAGAGGGCCCUGUGUAAAGUAAAAGGCAUGCGAGACAAGUGGAAUACGAUCAAAAUGGAAGCAGUGAAAUUUGCGUUGAAAGUCGGCGUCUCGUUUACUUUUACAUUUAAGAGAAUAGGCCGUGUUCCUCGAUUCUUUGAUGAAUUUGCGUCAGACACCAGACCACAGGACCCUGAAGAAAGAUUUACUGUCGAGAUGUUUUACCGAGUGAUCGACACUGCAACCACUCAAUUAGAAGAACGCUUCAAGAGCCAGAACUUUGUUGGCAACGCCUUAAAGUUCGAACUUCCUGGAAGUCUUGCAUCUUUAGACAUCACAGAGAUGCGCAAGUCUGUUAACGUAUUUGUUAACGAAAAUAAAGGAGACAUAUGCAAAGAUGGCGUUGAGGUAGUAGAUUACACAGCUGAUCUUAUGGGUGAAAUUGAAUCGUUUCGCUGGUGUUUCGGAAAUCAAUUGAAGCGUAUGUCAAGUGUUUCCGAGGUACUCGCCCUGUUAAAAGAGGUGGACAUGAGUUCCUACUCUAAGUUAUUAUCAGCUGUUGUCAUAUUUGUCACUCUCCCAGUCACAGUUGCGAGCGCAGAGCGAUCAUUCUCAAAGUUGAAACUUAUAAAGAAUUAUCUGUGUUCAAGUAUUUCUCAAGAUCGUAUGGAUUCAUUGGCCAUCCUUUCUAUUGAGAACACAGAAGCGUGGUCUUUGAAUAUGGAGAAACUAAUUGAUAAAUUCGCUGAGAAAAAGCACGAAUCAGCAAAUUCAAAGUUUGAACUAUUGUGA